AUGGCUCCUGGCGCUAUCAUCGAGCAGCCCUACGUGGCCGAGCCAUUUCACUCCCGUGAUGGCCUCGCUCUUGAAGCCACAUCCGACAUGAUUGACGACGUCAACGUUCUCAAGGCCACUCUCAAGUCCAAGAACGCAGCCGCCACCAAGAAGGAAAAGGACAUUUAUGAGCAAUCAGAAUUCGACGCCGAAAAGGACAAGACACAGUUCCGACAGUACGAGGACGCUUGCGACCGCGUCAAGAACUUCUACCGUGAGCAACAUGAGAAGCAAACGGUAGCCUACAACCUCAAGGCCCGCAACGCCUUCUACGCAAAGACCCGUGCCGAGAUGACCAUCUGGGAGGCCAUGGAGAAGCUCAACACACUCAUCGACGAGUCUGACCCCGACACAUCCCUCUCUCAAAUCGAGCACCUUCUCCAGUCUGCAGAGGCCAUCCGCCGCGACGGCAAGCCACGCUGGUUCCAGCUCGUCGGCCUGGUUCACGACCUUGGCAAGCUUCUCUUCUUCUUCGACGCCGAAGGCCAAUGGGACGUUGUCGGCGACACAUUCCCCGUUGGCUGCGCCUUCAGUGACAAGAUCAUCUAUCCUGACACCUUCAAGAACAACCCAGACUACCAAAACGAAAUUUACAGCACCGAGUAUGGCAUCUACACACCAGGCUGCGGUUUGGACAACGUCAUGCUGAGCUGGGGUCACGACGAGUACCUCUACCACAUUCUCAAGGACCAGAGCACCAUUCCUGAAGAGGGACUCGCGAUGAUCAGAUACCACUCAUUCUACCCAUGGCACAGGGGCGAGGCGUACGGCUGGAUGAUGAAUGAGAAGGACAAGAGAAUGUUGGAGGCCGUCCGGGCAUUCAACCCGUACGAUCUCUACAGCAAGAGUGAUGAGGUACCCAGGGUCGAAGACCUCAAGGAGUACUACAUGGACAUUAUUGAUGAGUUUAUCGGCAAGGACAAGAAGCUGAAAUGGUAG